UUAUCCCAAACGCGCUUGGCUGAUUGAUCAAAGAAUCAUAGACGGGUGGCGAUGCAACAACUUGCACAGCAGGUCUGCCGACACGGACGCAUAGCGACUUUCUAAAGUAUCAACAAUCCAUGCUGGUGCUCACGCGGGCCACGCAGAACUCAUGGGCACUGGCACUGGCAUCAACCCUUUCGCCCACCAGUAUCCCUUCACCGAGGCCAGAUCUACAAGCAUUGACAGCGCCACGCUCCUCGCCGCGCUGCUCGCAUCCGAAUGCUUUGACGAAAUCUCUAACGUGGAGGACUUCGGGAGCGUCCGCGACUACAUUGUUGGGCACGGCCGCUCGGACGCAGACGGGCGCCUCGCGUUCUGGGUGUAUUCCACUGGCCUGCAUGGGCCGUUCCAUGAGACUGAGGAAGGCACGAUCGAGCGGCAUGGAUUAUUGGUCACGAUUGAGAGAAGAGCGAAGGUGCAAGAUGCGAUGAGGAGGAUUCGGGAGGAGUCCUCGAUAGGUGGGAUUGGGCAUGUCCAUAUUGCGGCUGCUUGAAGUAGACGCACCAUUGUAACAACUUGAGCAGUGUCUGUAGCAGAAUGUAGCGCGACCAAGGAGUUGGGCGACUCUUGCUCGCUUGCAAGUGUCCAUGUAAGCCUCUCAAUGCUACCAGGCUAACAAAAGUUACUACGAAAGGCAUGCACGUACUCGGGUACUACCCCAAGAAUGGUUACCGAAGAUUCCCC